AUGGCGGCAAAGAUCUUUGUCAUUGGUAACGUCAACGGCCAAUUGGAGUCAGCGUUUGCCAAGCUCACCGCCCUUCAUUCGAAGAACAACUUCUCCCUCGCCCUCGUGGUCGGCAACUUGUUCGGCGAGCAAGACGACGGAGCAGUCACGAAUCUCCUCGAGGGAAAGAUUGAGGUCCCCGUAUCUACAUAUUUCACCGUUGGAAACACUGCCCUCCCGUCGCGCAUCGUGGAGAAGAUCGAGAAGGACGAGGAGAUAUGUCCGAACCUGCACUACCUGGGCAAGCGCAGCGUAACCAAGACUUCAGAUGGAAUACGUAUAGCAACACUAGGCGGUAUACUGGACCCUGAUAUUGUGGGUGGUCAGUCGAAAGAGCAGUAUCUACCUCUACACACACCAGACGACGCGAAGUCUCUCAAAGGCGCGAACUCGGCCGAUAUUCUGCUUACUACAAUGUGGCCCUCCGGGGUGUGGAACGGGUCAGGAGUUGCUUUGCCCUUUGACCCAGCGUCCAUCACCGGCAGCGAUGCGGUCGCAGACCUGUGUGCAGCGCUGAAGCCGCGUUACCAUUUCAGCCCUUCAUACUCAGACUUCUUCUUCGAGCGAGAACCGUUCUUCCACCCACUCAACGAGGAGGCGGCAGAUGCGGAGGUCGAGAAGCAGUAUACACGAUUCAUUUCCAUGGCGACGUAUGGCAACGCCGCCAAGGCCAAGGCCAUGUAUGCAUUCACACUACAGACGGGCUCGACGGCGCCAGCUAGCAGCACGCCGUCGCCUUUUCUUGCUCGAGAAUCGCGGAAGCGACGGCCGCCUCAGGAUGCCGCCUUCUCACGCUUCUCCAACGGGAACGAUCACGACCGGCGACCGCGCCAUCUACGCAAGAAACGCCAGGGAGCAGAACCGCUGAGCCAAGACCAAUGCUUCCUGUGCUUGGCGAACGCCGCCGCGGACAUCAAGACAGUGGUUCUUAUUGGGGAGUCUACUUAUCUUGCUACCGCCAAGGGUCCGCUCUCCACAUCAGAAACAUUCGCUGAACACGGCAUUGACUUUCCUGCGCAUAUGAUGAUUGUGACCGUGGACCACAAUCCGAGAAUCAGCCGGGCAACGAUGGCAGGCGAAGAGGCGGAUAACACGUUCAAAGAGAUGACUCGGUUCCGAGAUUCACUACAAGCCAUGGUCUCAACGAAAUCUAAACACAAGCUCGGCGGCGUCACAUGGGAGAUUAACCGAGCCGCCAACAUCCACGCACACUGGCAGUUCAUGCCCGUAUCGUCCAACCUGAUUCGCAAAGGUCUAGUAGAGGCAGCCUUCCGCGUCGAAGCGGAGAAUCUCAAGCUUCCAAAACUGCAGGUCAAAGAUUUUGGCAUCAGCGACGAGGUCCAGGGCGACUACGUGCGAAUUUGGAUCUGGCAUGAGGAGGAUGACGAAGGCGCCGACGGCGGCCGGAUUGCCAGCAAGAGUCUCCUGAUGCACUUUGACGAGAAUGUCCGCUUCGACCUGCAGUACCCGCGCAAGGUCAUGGCCAAGCUGAUGGGUCUGGAAAAGCGGAUCUACUGGCAAGACUGCGUGCAGGACGACGACGAGGAGCAGAGGGACGCCGAAGCGGUCCGGACGGCAAUGAAGCCGUGGGAUUUUACCGAAGGCUAG